CAACCCAUCCGAGGAACUUCUCCUCUUUUGUCCCCUUCGAUCUAGAUUGUCAUCGUUCUGCUUGCUCUUGCACCCUGAGCGCUGAGCACCUUUGAUAUUUGAAAAGAGCCGAAUGCUGUUUGGGAUUCGUGUUCGUCGGCUGGGGACUGCGGUUGUUCUGCUCCUCGGCAGCAACGCUGUCUCCUCUGUCGCCUCGGCUGCCCCGAGCGUGGAUAUUUCUCUCAAUAUCCCGUGGACCGAGAGCUCACCUUAUCUUCUGGAGGUGGUGGAAACUCUUGCUACCGAAGCCCCAGAGGCAUACUUCCCUCUCCUCACCCAUCUCGUCGAGUACUCCAACCAAAAGCUCGAAGCCUGUGAAGAAGAUCCAACCGCAAAAUGCACUAUCUCGCACAAGGACAUCUACGACGAGGCCUUCGCGUACGCGGUCUCCGAGAAACUCCUCCCCGAAUCAGGCACUGGUCGCCAAGUCGACUUUGCAAACCUCAAGCUCGCGCUCCGCCAUUCGGCGCCAUUGAUCCAGGCCUACUAUCAAUUCUACAACUCCUCUGUGUACCCCCAAUACGCUGACCAAUUGGCUAAAAAGGGCUGCGAUCGUGGAUCUUGGUUUUGGUACGAUAACUCAGUCGGCUGUGAUCCAGGCGAGAUCUUUGCCUUGCAGACUCCCUCGACGAUAGUGGAUCCCAAGACCCUACCAUUCGAUCGUCAAAUUCCAGACGAACCCGAAAGUUCUGUGCCUACCGCAGUUUUGUACGCCGACGUCACCGAUCCGAAGUUUUUGGCUUUCCACAGUUUGCUUUCGGCAGAAGCUGAGAAGGGAAAACUACGCUAUAUAAUCCGAUAUAAACCGUCCGACCCAGAGACCACUGCGUCGUUCCCUUUGCGGCCCAAGGGGUUGGCAGGAUACGGCGUGGAAUUGGCGCUCAAGAGGACUGAUUAUAUCGUCAUUGAUGAUCGCGACAAGACUGUAGAUGGAGAUAAGAAAUCAGACGCUGCUAUUGAGCAGCAGCAGCAGGAAGAAGACACCGGGAACCUGUUCUUAGUAUCUGAGACCAAAGACAUCAGCCCAUUGAAGAGCUACGAGGUAGAAGACAUCGGUCUCCAGACUGCAGGAUACAUCCUGCAAUCUGCUCGCGAGGGUAAAGAUCCCCUCGAUGUACUUCUCAAGAUCGUUGAGGAUUUCCCCAAGCUCGCAUCGUCUAUUGCAGCAGCCAGUGUCGACAACCUGGCCGACAUCCGCUCGGAGAUUUACGAUAACUUGCAGACGAUGGUUGGACGCACCCGCUUCACGCACGGCGACAAUGCGCUUUUCGCGAACGGCGCGCGCAUCGACUCGCAGGUUUCCGACGAUAUUUUUGAGAUCUUGAAGAUUAUCGAGCGCGAGUACGAGUUUGUCGAUGACCUCAACUACCUCGGUUUAUCGAAUGAGGUUGCGUCAAAGAUGAUCUGCUCGCCUACGAUCUUGAACAUGAAGGAACGGCAGUCCGAUCCCCGAUUCGACUACCGCGAUGAUAUAGAAGGCGGAGGAGUCAUUGUCUGGCUCAACGAUCUCGAGAAGGAUAAGGCUUACGCAAAGUUCAGUCCCUCAAUCUCUCGCAUCUUGGAGCCGCACUAUCCCGGUCAAUUCCACCAGAUCCGGAAGAAUAUCCACACGAUCGUCGUCCCGGUCGAUUUGACCUCCGAAGAAGAGAUAUUUUUGGUUACAAGAAAUCUGAAAUCAUUCAUUUCGCGGGGACUCGCUGUGCGAUUUGGAAUCGUGCCUCUAACCGAAACCGACGAUCAAAUCGAUGCGGCCGCGUACUUUUACCACGUCGCGAGUCAGAAUGUAGAAUUUGCGCUGCAGUUCUUUGAUAACAUUCUCGCCGGCGGAUCGAGACCUCCAGUUGCGUCAAAGAGAAGCAAGAAAAACACGGCCAGCGGAGACGCCGUUGACAAAGCCGCGGCCUGGGCUAAGCGUCUCGAUGUAAAGACCGACGACCCGAUUGCUUUCGGAAACGGCUUUGCGAUCGCUAGAGUGGAUUCUUCGUGGAUCCAGUCGAUUGCGUUCAAACUGGAUAGCGACAUUGGCCUGAUCCAGACAUUGGUGAAGUCAAAGGCGAUCGACGAUAGCACAAACAUUCAGGACCUGCUGCUCAAGGUCUCAUCCGCCAGACGAAGCAAGCUCAUCUUUCCCGAAGACCCGGCUAGCGUCGAGCUUCUGGCCUACGUCCCGCUCUACCAGUCGUUUGGAAGCGACCUUUCGCAGCUCCCGUCGGUCACCUACAAAGUCAGCGAGCAGACGGAGAUGAAUAAGAACAUGGAUCUCACGCUUCUUGUCGUCGCCGAUUUUGAUUCGCAGGCUGGUAUCAAGCUGUUUAGAGGGGUCUUGAAGUUCAUCGUCUCGAAACCAUUGUUCAACUUUAAAGUCAAGUUUCUCCACAACCCGGGUCUCGAGAAAAACUCGCCCUCGCUAUCGACGUUGAUUCACUACAUGUGGGGCCUGGACGUGCUCUCGAGACUUGAUCCGCAGGAAAUCCUUGACUCGAUCCAGGAUGAGGCGACGGAGGACUUUGCCAAGCUUCCACAUAUUGAGGAGACAUAUAAGCAGCAGGGAAAUAUCAAGCUUGAAGGAUGGUCGGUGCCUGAUAACGCUGGUGCAUUCAGGUACUGGAAUUCGAUGGCGCCUAUUGUGAAGGCAUUGGGACUGGCGUCUGGAGAGGGCUUGGUUGCACUCAACAGCAGAGUCAUCCGGUUGUCGGCCGCUGAGCAUCUCGACGCCUACGACUUUGACAGUCUGCUCAAAUACGAGCUCUCCGCUCGACUCGCGCCGACGGUAUCCGCGGCGACCAAAUUCGGCGUGUACGACCUCGGCACCGGAGACUACGACUCCUUUGAUUUCACAGCCCAGCUUACUUCCGCCGUCGCGCUCAGCGACCGCGUCGACACGCCUGGCGGUGCAUUCUACGGCGUCGUGCGCCGCAACUCGCGCGUGGGCGAGUUUGCGCACGAGCUCUCUGCGUUUGAUUUUGGUCAUGAUUACGGCUCUGCGGCGGUGAAGAUCGACGCAAUCGUGAACCCCGCGAGCGAGUUUGCGCAGAAAUACGUGCCGAUCUUGAAAGUGCUCGGUGAACUCGAGGGAGUCGCCGUGCGGGUGUUUAUGAACCCCAUGCUAAUGAUUUCCGAGAUGCCGGUCAAGCGGUUCUACCGGAACGCCAUCGCAGCCGCUCCUGAGUUUGAUAGUGAGACCGGGGCGAUUGUCGAGCCUGAGACUGUGUUCAAGGGAAUUCCAUCUGAUACGCUAUUGACGCUCGGGAUGGAUGUUCCCGGAGCGUGGGUGGUGACGCCGUCCGUGUCGAAGUACGAUCUCGACAAUAUCAUUCUUGCGUCGGUAUCCGAGCCCAAACUCGAGGCCGAGUACAUUCUCAAGAAGAUCCUGGUGCAAGGACACGUGCGCGAGUCUGCCGCGCGCGGCAGCGGCGCUGCGACUCCUGCCGGAUUGCAACUCACGCUCGGAACGGAGGCGGAGCAGCAGCUUGAGGAUACGAUCGUGAUGGCGAACCUCGGGUAUCUGCAGUUCAAGUCCGAGCCUGGUGUUUGGAAGCUGGGGAUCAAGCCUGGUAUUUCGCAAAAGAUCUUCAAGCUUGACAGUGUUGGUGCGCUGGCGUCGUCUCCUCAGAAUGGAGAGGGAGAAGGCGACGACAGUGUUUACGUGACCUCGUUCUCGGGCGUGCGUCUCUAUCCGCGGGUGUCCCGAAACGAAGGACAGGAGGAAGCCUCAGUGUAUGGCGAUCUUGAAGACAACGAGGGCGGUCUGAUGGGCCAAGUGCAAGGUCAAAUGCGCAAGGCGUUCGGCUCCAUCCUAUCCAAGUCGAGCGAUAUCAAGAGUCUUAAACCACCCUCGCAGGCGGCGAUCAAUAUCUUCUCGGUCGCGAGCGGACACUUGUACGAGCGGUUUUUGAACAUUAUGUUUGUGAGCGUCAUGAGGCAUACGAACGAGACAGUCAAGUUUUGGCUGAUUGAGGAUUUCUUGUCGCCUUCGUUCAAGGAGUUUUUGCCGUUUAUGGCGGAGGAGUAUAAGUUUGAGUACGAGCUGAUUACCUAUAAAUGGCCGCAUUGGCUGCGGGCGCAGAAGGAGAAGCAGAGAAUUAUCUGGGGCUACAAAAUUCUGUUUUUGGAUGUGAUGUUCCCGCUUGAUCUCGAGAAAGUGAUCUUCGUGGACGCAGACCAGAUUGUGCGAACGGAUCUGAAGGAACUCGUCGAUCUUGAUCUCCACGGCGCACCCUACGGCUACACUCCGAUGUGCGACUCGCGCACGGAGAUGGAAGGCUUCCGAUUCUGGAAGCAAGGGUACUGGAAGAACUUCCUCCGCGACAAGCCGUACCACAUCAGCGCGCUGUACGUCAUCGACCUGACUCGGUUCCGAAAACUCGCUGCCGGCGACAGACUGCGUCAGCAGUACCACACGCUCUCAGCCGAUCCGGGCAGUCUUUCGAACCUCGACCAGGACCUGCCGAAUAACAUGCAAAACAGUAUCCCGAUCUACUCGUUGCCGCAGGACUGGCUGUGGUGCGAGACGUGGUGCUCGGACGAGAGUCUUGCGACGGCGAAGACGAUCGAUUUGUGUAAUAACCCGAUGACGAAGGAGCCCAAGCUGGAUCGGGCGCGGAGACAGGUGCCGGAGUGGACGGUGUAUGAUAAUGAGAUUGCGGCGUUUGCGAAGAGGGUUAAGAGUGGAAGCGCUGUUGUUGGCGGGGAGGUGGAAAAGCAGCCGGAGACGGAGGUGCCGGAGACGGAGGUGGAGCAUGACGAGCUAUAAGAGCUGCGCAUUAUGCA